AUGCGACAUAAUCUCACACUGGACAUACCCUUCGAUGUGACGGCUGCGGUGGUGCGUGCCAUUGACACCUGCGGCAGUACCUUUAUGCACUACUUUUGCCUCCUGGGCUACAUGAUUGAGGGCUGUCCCAGCAUCAGCAUCCUACGAUGCAUCAUCGAGAAGGGUCCCACCUCAAAAAACCUCAUGUUUCGUCAACGCUGGCCCCUGUUCAUUUACUAUGCCUUCCGCUUUUGGCGAAUGGACUACCUGACAGUUGAUCCUCUCUAUCCCAAACGCAUCGCGGUGGACCUGGAGGCAGCCCGCAGAGACCCCAUCUCCCGGAAAGCAGCCAAGAUGGCUCUCUGUGCCAUUUCCAUCCGUACACGGUGUCCAGUGCCAUCGGUGACCUGCUGGUUUUCUGUGCCCUCCAUGGAUGGCGAACACUAA